AUGGGCCCCCCGAAGACGAGGGGCCUCACGGCGCCGCAGAAUCGCAGCCGCUUUCACGAGGGUUCCAUGAACGAUCGCGUGUCCGCCGUGCCACCGGAACAUUUCCUUGGACCGGGGGAGAUAGAAUCGCUGGAGAGACCGUUGGAGGUGGAACUAGAGCAGCAUCAGUUAAAUCUACGAAACGCUCGCCGGUCACAAGAUACUCAGCGUCAGCUUCAGCUAUGGCUGUCUCAAGCUCCAAGCAUUGCACCAAGUGUCGCUCCGAGUGUCGCUCCGAGCACCAGCACAUCCUCUCCGUCGAAAAAGGGCAUGCUGGGCAAAGUCUGGGAUGGCGUUCGAGGUCGGCUCCAGCUGAAAAAAGAAGCCCCAUCCCCUGAACAACCGAAGAAGGCAGAUUCCCCGCCCAAGAAGCCGGCAACAGCAAAUAUUUACGACGACAGGCCCACUAGAGAAGAGGCCUUGGCGAGUUAUCAUUUGCUGGUUGAGUCGGGCUUCUUCACUUCUCAUGCCAUUCAGUCUACCCGACAGCCUCCGCCGCCCGGUUUUUCAAAGCAGCGACCAGCGACCAGCGCCAGCCAUCAGAUGCUUUCUGUCUCGCCAAAUUUGUCGACGCCGCCGCAAGGACAGCAGGCUCUCCAAGCUCCCCCUUCAUUGCCUCCGCCUCUGAAAUUUCCUCUCAACACCACCCCUAAAACACCUAAAACGCCCCGGAGCACUAGGAGUAAUAGGACGUCUUUGGGCGCCAUGACCGCGGCGAGUGCCGAUUCAAGGGGCACUAAACGGACCGUAACUGGAAGCCCCAACAACAACAAGGAUAUCCUGAUCCACCAAGACGAGAGGGAUGACAGCCGCGAGAGGAGCAAGCCGGAAAUUCCUAGAGAAGCGCGCAAGAAGAUCCGUAAGAGUACUUCUAAAGAUUUCACUAUUCCCGUUCUUCGUACCGUUAAAUCUACACGGAAACUCGUGGCCAGUCGAUCGAAUCGCCGAAAAAGCCAAGGCAACGCUAGUCUCACGCCUGUGGUGAUCCAUCACUAUCAUAGUCACAGCGCCUCAAGUCGAGACUCCAAGCAUAGCAAGCGAUCUUCUCACUUGCUGUGUGCGGCGCCAUCAUCUGCGGGUUCAUCGCCUCGGAGCUCCAUUGACUCUACAUCGUCAUGGAGAGAGAGUGGUGACAGCGUCUAUAGCGUUCGGGCCAUCGGUUCUGGUUCUAAGAGCUCUCGGGGCCUUCGACCAAGAAAACCUGCGUCCAAGGCUGGCGUUGCUAGCAAAGCUGAUGCUGAUGCAGCGGAGGCUCUCAAGGUGGUUCCCAAUGCAAACCGAGGAAUCCCCGGUGUUCCAAGCAUUCCCGCCAAGUAUACUUUUGGAGAAGAUCGAGAAAAUGGACAGGUCUGGCGAGGGCUGAGACGGUGA